AUGUCAGACCAGAAAAAGAAAUUAUUUUCACCUUUCGUUAAACAAUGUUUUGUUACUGCAACAGUAUGUAUGAACGUGUUGAGCAACGGUGCCGCUUAUGGCUUCCCAGCUAUACUGCUUCCACAACUCAAGCAGCCAGAUUCACCUAUACCGAUCAGCAAGUCUGAAGAGUCAUGGAUAGCGGCAGUGGUGACGAUAGCGAUGCUGGUAGGGAACUUCAGUAUGCCAAUCUUCAUGGAAAAGCUGGGACGGAAGAAGGCACACUUCAUGGUCAUGUUGCCGACAGUCAUCGGUUGGUUCUUAAUUAUAUUCGCUACAAGCGUACAGAACCUGAUAAUAGCCAGGAUCAUGCACGGUCUAUCUCUCGGCCAAAUUGUCAUGAUUCGCGCCGUCAUUAUCGGCGAGUACACGAGCCCGAAGAACCGUGGCGCUUUCCUCACAUUAAUAUCCCUCGCUCAGACAUCGGGAGUUUUCGUAGUCCAUCUAAUGGGCUCCUUACUGAAGUGGCAGACCACGGCCGCCAUAAGCGUCGUCUUCACCGUACUUAGCUUUAUGAUGACAUUCUUCCUACCAGAGUCUCCCAGCUGGCUGGCUAACAACGGAAAGUACGAAGAAUGUCAGAAACAUUUCGAAUGGCUACGUGGCGCUGAUGAAAACGAGGAGUUGAAGGAAUUAAUCCAAGCCCGAAUGAAGCACAAUGCGUCCAAGAACGUCGACAUUAAGGCAGCUCUGAAACAGCUAGAUUUCUACAAGCCGAUAAUCGUCAGUCUGCACAUCUCCUUGAUAAUGUUCUUCGCUGGAACAAUAACGGUCGCAGUGUACGGAACGACGAUUAUAGCGGAAAUCAUGGGACCUGAUGUAGACGCCCAUUUCUGGCUUCUAUGCUUGGACUCGGUCAGAAUUGUCACCAGCUUUUUGGCUGUAUACCUCGUCAGAACCUUCAGGCGACGAACGGUGACUUUCGGUUCAGUUGGCUUAUGUCUAUUAGUUCAUAUACUUAUUAUAACCCACGUGACCUUGAUAAAAUUUGGUGUAAGAAUAUUCGAUUACUUUUGGAUCCCAGCUAUCCUGAUGAACUUGCAAUGCUUCUCCUUAUCGGCAGGAUUAUUACCCAUAAACAACGUUAUCACAGGAGAAAUAUUUCCUUUAGCACAUCGCAGUGUUGGAAUAAGCAUAACCACAACUGUUGCAACGGGCUUUCAUUUUAUCGUAUUGAAGACCUUCCCAUAUUUGUUGUCAGAAGUGGGAAUCGCGGGUGUUUACGGUAUUUAUGCGACCGUUAUGACCUAUGGUUUAAUUGUAACAUGGGUCAUUAUGCCUGAAACCAAAGGACGGACAUUGCAACAAAUCGAAAAUAGAUUUAAGGGAGUGAAGGGCACCGCGCCUGAACUGGAGAGUUUGAAUAAUAACAAUAAAGCGUAA